GUCAGAGUGCAUAGGACAUAAUGACAGGCUACUAAGGCCGCGUUAAGAUUAAGGCUGCAAGCCUCACUUGGGCGCACCUGCCUUGUGCCUAUUUCAAACCUGCCGGGCGGGAGUUGCCCGCCCGGCUUGACUCUUACCGAGACCACCUGACUACAAUAACAUUAAGCAAGCAUGGGCUGCAUUUGUUCAAAGCCUGUGGAUAAGGCUGAAGAUGGCCUGGAGCAAGGACCAGCCGAGGCUGUUCAGCGCACUGCAUCUGUCCAGCAGAAGGAUGCUGUCAGCGCUGAAGGCGGGUCGCCGGCUACAGUUGAAGCAAAAUCUGGAGAGGAUAGUCAAGGCACCGCUGCGAAGUCACCAGAGAUAGCCGAAGGCGCUGUUGCGGACUCAACCGCCACUGGAGCCAAUGCUGCAUCUGCCGCUGCUCCUCAGUCGGUUGAGCAGCCGGACAAGGAUGGGAAAGAAAGCGCAGGCGUGGGGGCCAACACCACUGCCACAGACGUGAAGCCGGAGACCCCGGAAACCGCAGAAUCUGGUGCCGAGGGCGCUGCGGCGACCUCGAGCUCAGCAGAAACCGAGCCUGUCCCGCAGAACAUCGCCGUCGAGGCCUGCGCUGCAGCUGGCGCGGGCAGCUCUUCAGCCGCAGCGUCGGAGCCCGUAGCAGCCUCCCAGGCGCCUACCCCGCAAGAAGUUCCUGCUGAGAAGGCUAUGACCAGUGCAGCUGAUGCGGCACCUGCUCCCGUCGACAUCAAGGAGCAGUCCACUGUGGACGCUGUGCCAAUCGUCAUUGAGGCUUCUUCUGCUACACCCAAGGCGUCCGAUUCACAUGACGGUUCCUCUGCCGUCCCCGAGGUCGCCCCUGUGGCGGAGCCGCUUGCUGCCGCCGUGUCCGGUUCUGCCGUGGAACCAAAUGCGGCAGCUGAUACUGCUCCGGAGGCAACAUCUUCUCGUAACGUUAUUGAGGAGACCCCGGCUGCGGCCGCUGUCAGCACUGCGUCAGCCACCGACGCCGCUGAGGAUGCCGCCGUUGCGGCUAUUGCAAAGCGCGUGGUCGCGUCUGUGGUAGCGACUGACGCCGCCGCUCAGGAUGCCGCCGUUGCAGCUGUUGCAAAGCGCGUGGUCGAGUCUGUGGUAGCGGCUGACGCCGCCGCUCAGAAUGCCGCCGUUGCAGCUGUUGCAAAGCGCGUGGUCGAGUCCGUGGUAGCGGCUGACGCCGCCGCCCAAGACGCCGCCGUUGCAGCUGUUGCAAAGCGCGUGGUCGAGUCCGUGGUAGCGGCUGACGCCGUCGCCCAAGACGCCGCCGUUGCAGCUAUUGCAAAGCGCGUGGUCGAGUCCGUGGUAGCGGCUGACGCCGCCGCCCAAGACGCCGCCGUUGCAGCUGUUGCAAAGCGCGUGGUCGAGUCCGUGGUAGCGGCUGACGCCACCGCCCAAGACGCCGCCGUUGCGGCUAUUGCAAAGCGCGUGGUCGAGUCGGUUGUAGCAGCGCAGGAUUACGCUGCUGACAGCCCAGCCUCUGCCGCCACCGCAGCAGCUGCAAGCUCAGCCUCUGUGGAGGAAGGCGCUGCCCCUGAGGUCGCGGCCGAGGAGCGGGUCUCUGCUGACGCGGCCGACAGCGCGGAGGCCGCUGUAGCAGGCGCGCCUGCCGCUGACGAGGCAUCGGCUCCGGAUACGUCCGUCGCUGAGCUCCAAGCCGAGCGCGCAAGCCAGCCGGCUGCAGCGACCGAAGCCGCUACUACGGCAUCACCGGAGGCAGAGGCGAGUACCGAGGCCCCUGGUGCCGCGGCGGAUGCACCUGCGGAGACGAUUCCCGAAGCAGCGGCUUCCUCAGAGGUUGCAGUCGUUGCCGCACAAGUACCGCAGGACGAGGCUAAGGAGGACGCCGCUUCUGCUGGUUCCGCCCUGGAUGCUCCUUCGGUCGCCGAGUCUAAGGAGGUCGAGGAGCAGGGCGAUGCCGAAGAGUCUGCUGCUGCGAGCGUCGCUGAGGUUGGGGCAGGCGCAGACGUUGCUGCUGCUAAGGAGGCUGAGGGGGCAUCUGCUGUCCCGCCUCAGGAGGCUGAUGCGGCUGUGGACAGCGCUGCUGCUGCUGACGAACCUGCAGAGCCAGUUGCUUCAGAGGCUGCAGCGUCUGCGGCGGCUGAGGACAGCGCCCAGACUAGCGAAAGCCACGUUGCAGCUCCGGCUCCGGAUGCACCAGCUGAGGAAUCCACGGAGCCCGCAGCAGACAUUGCCAGUGUGGACACCACUGAAAAGCAGGUACCGGUCACCGCGUCGGAGGUAGUUGCCGAUGCAGAAGAGCCUGCGUCUUCGGCUGCACCGACUGAGCCAGCCGCUGAGCCUGAGCAGGCCAAAGAGGCAGUUGACGAGGCCAACAUUGCUGCACCCGCCACAUCGGAGCCCGUCGCGGACUCCUCCCCUGCUCGCUCCCGGCGCUCUUCUGCCGUGGGCUCGCCUUCGGAGUCUCCUCGAGUGGUUCGCACCGCCAGCGGGGAGCUCGUCGCGACCGUACCUCGGGAGGUGGCUAGCGAGGUGCUGGAGGCCGCAUGUAGCGAGGUCCUCAGCGCCAAGGCAACCACUGCGGACGGUGUCCGGGCAGCCCGUGCGGUGGCUUCUCGCCGCUCCUCAGGCUCUGGUGUGGACUCCCAGCCGGCGUCCCCGAAGAGCGGGGCGCCUGCGGCAGAGUGCGUUGCCAGCAGCUGCGAGGCUGCCAGCUCCACCACAGACGCACCUCCUGCCACUUCAGAUUCUGAUGCCACGACCACAGCUCCAGCGCCACCUGUCGUUAGCACGCCGCCGGCUGAUGUUUCCGUCAGCGCAAGCGAUGCCGGCAACAAUGUCCCUUCCGCGUCAUCAGGCGCCGAGACCGUUGCCGCAGCCGCAUCCGCCAACCCCAAGCCGGUUACUAACACUUGGCUCAAGUCCGGCGUUUCCUUCGCUGCCAUUGUCGCAGCGGCGAGGUCCAGGUCCGAAGGCGGAGCAGGGCGGAAAACCAGCUCGGCGGGUGCCAGCAGCGCCGCGGCUCCGACUGGCGGUGUUCCCAAGGCUGCUGCAGCACAGGCAUCUGCUGCUGCUGACACAACCGCCGCCAGCACGGACUCCGCUCCUGGUUCGGACGCGGCAGAGCCAACAAGUGCGGAUGAGGCUGAUGUGGCUGCCGUAGUGGCCGAGAUCGGGCCUGCGGCUGCUGCUGCUGCGGCGUCGCUGGCGGCAGGGGCGCAUGCAGUCCGCGAGGAGCCCCCCGAGCUACCGGAGCUUGACACCCCGACCGCGCCACCCGCCGAUGCUGCAGCCCAACCUAGUCUGCCGCGCGCCGGCAGCAUUGGCGCUGCAAGGACAAGCACCGGAGGCGGCUCCGUGUCAGGAUGGAGGAAGGACCGGACCUUUGCGGAGAUUGUGGCUUUGGCGGCCGCCGCCGCCACCAAUGCACCACGAUCCUCUGGUGGCGGUGCUCGCUCUUCCGGUGGCGGCAAGAGCCAAGGGGGCGCAACGCCAAGGUCAGCCGCCGCUGCUGCUGCGAUUGCUGCUGGCGUUGACCCGAAGGCGCGGGGCGUGGUGAGCGCGGGCGGCGCGUCGGUUGCACCCGGUGGCGGUGCACCCACUGGGAAGUCCCGCUUUCCCCGGAACAUCAGCUCCCUGGCAGUGGAGGCGCUGGCAGUGGCCUCUGCGAUGGCCUCCUCCUCGACUGCUGGUGUGCAGCUUGUCAUGAUGGAUGCGGGCACCUCGCAUGCCGCCCCGUCCCAGCCUCCAGCGGAGCCGGUUGCCCCAGAGAAGCCGGCAGAGACCGUCCAGGCUGAUGCAGCCGCUGGGUCCGGGCCUGCUAGAGAGGAGGCUCCGGUGGUGACGCCAGUCGUGGCGACUGUCGCUCAGCAGCCUGCUGCGGUUGCGUCGACCAGUUGGGCUGACGAGGUAGAGGCUGAGGAGGUUACCGCGGUCACCGUUACCCCUGCUGCUACGGUUGCAGCGGUUGCAGUUGCUGCGUCGACCACCGCAGAGCCGCCUGUGCCGACAUCGACGCCGCCCCUCCCGCGUGUCACGAGCUGGGCCACCAUCGUCAAGCGCAACACCCUAGGCGGCUUGCCGGAGGACUCCACCCCGCCCUCGGCAGCACUGUCGCGCCAGAGCAGCUUUGGUCGGCGCUCUAUUGGCGGCAACACGGACGCUGGCUUCUCAACGUACGCGCGCAGCGUCGGAGGCAGCGCGCGGCCUCGUCCUCCUCCUUCCGUCGCUGCUACCUCCACCGCAGAUGAGCCCCAGUCGUCUGGCGCUGCCGCCACCGGCCCAUCUACCAACACAGCGGCGCCUGCUGCGGCUCCUAGCGGUGAGGCGGCGGGUGCCGCCGCUGGCGGCGAGGACGCGGGUGGUGCUUGGGUUGAGGCCAGCAGGCGGCGGAAGCGGCACAGCAGCGUUGACAGCCGGUACUCGGCGGUUGAUAGCCGGUACUCGAAGAGCAACGGCGGGCGGGGCAAGGGCGCCGGGCAUAACAACAAGCGUGAGGGUCGGCCAGCCAACAAGCGCCGGCAUUAGGAGGCCGGCUUAACUCCGCCGAUAGUUUGCGCCAAGCUUCGGUGUGUGCAAGUCGGUGAUGGCGUCUGAUUUGCGAACGGGAGAGUAUAUGUAAUAUGUUUAAGUAUGGAGAGUUGGAGACCCGAGGCGCGCAUCAUGAUGCGACCUGUAGCUGACGUGAUUCUUAAUUCAGGUUCAUAAGGGUACAACGACUUCCGUGACUUGUGAUUGGAAUUUGUGUCAUAGGGGUAUUCAGAGGGCACGAGCCAGCAGCCUUCCGAAAGAGCGGCGGUUAGGAGCGUACGUGAUCCUCCUAACCUGCCCGACUAACCGCCCGCAUCGAUCUUGUCGGUUUCCCCUAUCCUAAUCUGUGGUUUCGUGUUCUUUGUUGUUCAUAUGUGCUCGACCUGUAGCAUGUGGUAUGCGGGACUUAUCAUGACUUUGCCGGACUGAGCGUUCAUAUUCAAUAGCACCUUGCUCGCCUUGCUUUCCUUGCCGUCGUCAUUCCGAAACCCCCUGCUGACUGAUACCACUUGCCUUGACACAAAGCAAUCGUUGGUGGACACAAGUUGGAGUUGCCAGGGUGGGGCGGGGGAUGUGCCAUUUAUGGUAUUAGCGUUUAGCUUACGGUUUGGAUGAUCCACUUACUAAGUGCAUGGCUUACCAAGUGACCUUUGCAGCUGUACCUUGAUGGGUCCCGACUAGAGCGUGUUGUGGUGCGCUCUGUUUCCCUAUGCGGUUAAUGCACCGUGUCUGUUUUUUCGGAAUGCACAACCAUUCGUUGUGCCGCUUGGCAGCCCGCAUGUUCUUGUGCACGCUUCUCACAGGAAACCCUUGUAAGUAUUAACGCAUAAA